UCUCGGUCGUGGCUGGUACCGCCAUCCUCCUAUCCCUUCUCAUUCUGAUUCGAAUCAUCUGCGAUCACUAAUCGCAUUCUUGCUUUUAUCUCGUGUUUUCUUUUCGAAAUUAACGUCAAGCAUUUUUCUUUAACGCGUCAUAUGCAGACGAAACAUUGACGAGAUUUCACAAGAUUCGUCAGAAAUUUGAAACUGUCAGAGUGAGUGUCGUAUGAAGGAAUGCAUGGGAAUCUAAGCUGAACGAAAUUGGACGAGGAUAAAGGAUAAAGGAUAAAGGAUAAAGGAUAGAGGUAGAGGAGCAUCGUCUGGUUCGAUGAAAAAAGGAAUGAAACAAGAUGGAUAGGAAACAAUUAGUUUAGUGGCAAUCAGUUGCAAAGUCGAAGGAAAGUAUCGGUAAGUUGGUGGUGACAGUCGCAAACCGACAAUAUGAGAAACUCAACGUUGCUGAAAUGGGCGCAAAACUCGGCAAACAGUAAAAACCAAACGAGCAAGAAUGGAACGAAUAGAAGUUGGAUACAUCCACCGGAUGCGCUCCAAAAAGGUCACAUCGCCUACUUAGUCAAGUACUUGGGUAGCACAGAAGUGGAUCAACCGAAAGGUAUUGAAGUUGUGAAAGAAGCAAUUUGCAAGUUAAAAUUCAAUCAGCAACUAAGAAAAAGCGAAGGUACGAAAACGCCGAAGGUAGAGCUCACCAUAAGCAUCGAUGGAGUGGCGAUUCAAGAGCCAAAGACGAAGACAUCGCCAAAACGGAUUAUGCAUCAGUAUCCUCUGCACAGAAUAUCUUACUGCGCCGAUGACAAGGGCGAGAAGAAGUUCUUCAGCUUCAUCGCGAAAGAAGAAGACGCUGAAAGACACACGUGUUUCGUGUUCGUUAGCGACAAAUUAGCCGAAGAGAUCACGUUGACGAUCGGUCAAGCGUUCGAUUUAGCUUAUAGGCGAUUUCUCGAAACAUCCGGCAAAGAUUUGGAAACUCAGAGACGUUGUAUGAUACUACAGCAAAAGAUCAAGCGAUUAGAACACGAGAACAAUGUGUAUCGUCAACGACUACAAGAUAUAGCUGCUAUCAAAGGAUCGGCUGAUGUAUCAGCUUACUUGUCGCAACACAAUCUUCCGGAUAUAUUGCACGUCGCAGGAGCUUCGAACGAGAUAACGCAGGUAAAUGGAUCGACCAAUAAGUCUUCUCCCGGAACGAAUAGCGACAGUAAUGGAAAUAAUACCACCAAUGGAUCUCAACCACCUCCAGUUCCUCCAAGAAGCUUCGAAAAAUCAUUCGACGAUAAUUUUAUGGGAAAUGAACCUACUCCCAUGCCAUCAGUUGGUACCAAGUUAGAAGGACUUUUGAUGGACGAAUUCGAAGAAGAUUUUAAUCCUAGAGCAUACGAAAGUGCAGUUAAUGGGAUUGCGAAUCAUCAAACUAAUCACAAUGCUAUUCUAAAUGGCCAACUUUCCUCUAAUUCCAACUUCUUCUCUCAAAGUAAUGGCAGUACGAGUCCUCCUCCGUUAUUGGCUCCACCGCCUAAAGCAAAGGAUUCUAGGCGUCAAAAUGGGCUAAAGGAGGAUUUAUUUGGCAGUGUUCCCUUCAAUCCUGCGCCACCGAUCAAUACAAAAGCUGAAUUCAAUGAUCCAUUUGAAAUGGGUGAAUUUGGAGCAACGACGGCGAUUUCGAAUCCCAGUCAGCAAGAGUUAGAAAAUGCUAUCGGUCUUUUGGAUAAAAAGCUGUUGGAAAUGAAGGAUGGUUUUAGCAGAGGUCUUUCUAUCGACACCGAUGAUUUUUCUUUGGAAAGCUUGGAUCCUCUAAGGAAUUGAAUCGUAUACUUGUUUCUCUUUUCUUUUUUUUAUUACCGGAAUAGAAGGAACAAUCGAUUGUUUGAUAUCGUAUGUUUGCUAGCGAGCGUAAAACUCCACAGAAUGAAUAGGCAAAUUAGGAAUUAUACAUAUACAUUUAUAUGAAACCAAAAUUAGUCAAUUACUAUUACGAUUAUGCUAAUCUUAUAUUUAUCGUAUGCCUACUAAAUAUUCAUUGAUAGUACCUUAAGUUUUCUUUCAUACAGAGAUCGUUUAUUGUUAAAGAUGGAUAUACAAGGAAACGAAUGGUAUUAAUACUUUAACUUGAAUACCUUUCGUCUUCUUUUAUGAAAACUUUAAUUAUUUUAUCGGAAUAGAAACACAUCAGAAAAAUAAACUAUUUUAGUAGAAAUAUUUUCUGACAAUUCGUCGUAUAAAGUAUAAUGAAAAAAAACCAAGCAUGUUACUAUACUCUUUCAAUAUAAUCUAUUUAUACAUUCAUAAUUAGGAGGAACCAAUUAUUGUGCCUUUCUGUCAAUAUUUAAUCAACUCAACUGGAAAUACCACCUUUAAAAUGGUAAUCAUACUUUGUGAAUUUUAUCUUUUAUAGAUAAAACGCCGUCAGGGUUGUUAUGGCUAGGUAAAUUCAUUUAAUCCACAGAUGCCUAAAGGUUACAGCUGAUUGUUUCUAUUACCGUAGGAUUCAAUUAAAAGAAAUUAAUAAUAUAUUUUUAUGCAGAUACAUUGUAACUUAAGAUCAUCGCGUCUGUCCUUUUGUUGACGCGAAUCACAAUACCACAUGAAAAAAAAAAAUACCGAAAUGAAGAAUAAAAUAUUAACUAAAAUAGCGUAGAGAUAAUUCCUAUAAAUAGACAGAUAUAUCUUUAAUAUCUGAAGCCUUUGCAUCAAACUUAUCCUUUACUUCGCUUUAAUUGUUCUUCCGUUCUACGUUCUAUUUAGUCAAAUGAGAAAUAUAACUGACACGAAGGAUUUCAGUCAUACAUUCUACAGACAUUACGUAUGUAAAUGUAACAUAAUUCUGGAGAUUAUGCAAAGUUAAUGUCUGUUAUAAUAAUAAUAAUAAUAAUAAGAUUAUUAAUUGUGUACA